AUGGGCGUCAGACCGGAUGUGCACAACCAGGGAAGACUUCAUACAAGGCAAAAGAAAAGUUUGCUCGAGGACCCUGAGAUGUACGAAAGUAUGAUCAAACCGCAAGUUCGUCUUCUUCGCUCGGCUCGCUCGCAUUCUCAAUUUGUGAAAAUGAGUGAAAUCGUGACAGAUCACUGGAUUGAAAAUGGUGAAGCAGAGUAUGCUCGCUGGUUUCGCCUCGUGUAUCUCGUGCGGAGGUGGGAGAGAUGGCAUGUAAACGGAUCCGGCAUAGGUGGUCUUGUUCCGAGCCAACAAGGAAUUGAAUCUCACCAUGCUGUGAUAAAAAAAAAAACUUGUGCUCCUUCAACUCGGGCGUCUACCUCAGGAGUAGUCGACGGUAUUCUUCCACGGAUAUUGCGAUAUGGUGGCGAAAACCUGUGCUUCAGUAGAGUCUAUCAUUUUGGAGUCGCUCCUGUCCCGCCAGAAAUGUUGGCCAAGGCCUCGGCGUUAGUAUGCAACGAACGCAAUUAUCGAAAGCUUCGUCGUGGAGCCGGAGCAUCUAAACGGCUAGAGGCUGUACUCUUCAACGUCAGGAAGCACAUGGUGGGAAGCGCUGGAAUUCUGGAGAGCGAUGUAGACGCGACCCGUGCGAGGACGUUUAUGAGAUCUCUUCAAGUGGAUGGAGUAGAAGAAACCAGCAACUUUGUUGGGCAAGUUGUCGGAGUGCGGCUUUCUAGAGGAGUGUUUGUUUGGUCGGCCAGGUUUGACGGCGGUUCCAUCAGGGACUAUGAGGCAGAACCGCUUGCUCAAGCAGUGGUGAAAGCUCACGGGCUCGGUGUGAACGUGACCGGGUAA